CUUGUCGUUUCUCGCUCUGCUCACGAUUCCUCAACUUCCCCCCCCCAAAUUUUUAGGGCGUCUUUCUCGCCAUUUGCUCCCGAUCCGCGAGCCCGAGGAAGCGAUUCCGAUUUCUCGAAUUGGGUCUUCAACGGAGCUGGAUCGGAGGAGGAUUCGAAGGGUUUCGAUCUAUUUCGUCUAGAUCCGGAUGCGUCCUUCGCGUUUGGAUUUCCAGGCCUUGUAAUCGAGCUGAAGAGACGCCGGAGUUUGAGGCCUUCUUUGAAGGCUUCUCGGGCUCUGGGUGGGAGUUUUGGGAUUUUGCUGCAUUUUAUGUGAAGAAUGAUGUUUUUUGGGUGUAAUUUAGGUUUUGUAGGAGCUGAAACAGUGAAAAUGUCGGUGCUUGUGUCAUUUUUUCUGGUUCUAGGGUCUGGUCCGUAGCGGUUGGGUUUCUCUGGAGUAGUUUUAGGUCGGAGGGGAAAUUUUUUUGGGAAUUUGACGUUUUUGGGUGGGUUUGAAGGAUUGGAGCUAGGUUAUAGAACAGUUGUUGUAGGGCGGGGAUUUUCUACAUUGUAAUGUUUAGCUUCGGUGGAGGUUUGAGAUCUUCAUGCUGCCGGAGGCUCUGCUCAUCUGUAGCUUGUUGAGGCCUGUUGGUUCAGAGGAGUGCAAGAAGGAAAGAUGAUAGAUCAGUUCAUCAAUUUUGUGAUCCGACCUCCUAGGGCUGAAUAUAAUCCAGACCAGUAUUUAUGGGAAUCAGAAUUCACUCUUGCAGGCAGGAAAUACAAACGUCAAGACCUGGAGCUCACAAAUGGAAGGGGACAUACCUUACAGUGUAGUCACUAUGUUCCUUCCGUAAUCCCAGAAAAUACCACACUUCCUUGUGUUAUUUAUUGUCAUGGGAAUAGUGGAUGUAGAGCUGAUGCAAAUGAAGCAGCUGUCAUCCUUCUUCCUACAAAUAUUACUGUCUUUACACUUGACUUUUCAGGCUCAGGAUUAUCUGGUGGUGAUUAUGUUAGCCUUGGGUGGCAUGAGAAAGACGAUCUUAAAAUUGUGGUGUCUCAUCUGCGAAGUAAUAAGCAAGUUUCCUGCAUUGGACUUUGGGGUCGAUCGAUGGGUGCUGUUACCAGUCUUCUUUAUGGAGCAGAAGACCCUUCCAUCGCAGGCAUGGUGUUGGAUAGUGCUUUCUCAAACUUAUUUGAUCUCAUGAUGGAGCUUGUUGAUGUUUACAAAAUCCGACUGCCAAAAUUUACGGUCAAAAUGGCUGUUCAAUAUAUGCGCAGGGUCAUCCAAAAGAAGGCUAAAUUUGACAUUAUGGAUCUUAAUGUUAUACAGUUUUCACCAAAGACCUUUAUUCCAGCUUUAUUUGGACAUGGUUCUGAGGACAUAUUUAUUCAGCCUCAUCACUCUGAUCGAAUUUUCAAGCUUUAUGCGGGUGAUAAGAACAUUAUCAAAUUUGACGGUGAUCACAACUCCCCAAGACCACAGUUUUAUUAUGAUUCUGUUUCAAUUUUCUUCUACAAUGUCCUUCAUCCUCCCCAAAUUUCUUCAACGGUUCCAAGUAGGAUAGAAAAAUACUACGAUUUGGGAGACCUGAAGGUUGGCAGUGGUAUGGAUGAGAGUUUGUUAUAUGAGAUCAUUACUGGUAUGCGGGCAAAUGGUUCUGACACAGCGAGUUCCUCAUCGGCUCCUCCUACUAUUUCAAAUGGCCCUACUACAAAAUCAGUAGUUGAAUUGCUUUCUGAAAGUGUGGCUCAGAUAUCAUUGGAGAAUGAUAUGUUGCAGGAUUUCUUGCUUGAUCAUGACAUUGCUGAAAAGGGUGGGAAUGAUAAGGAAUUCCUUGUUCAGGAAAAAGCAAAUGCGCAGAAUGAGGAAUUCAACUCUUAUUCAAGCUCAAACCGGGAGAGUUGGGGACGGUGUUCCUCUUUAGGUGCCAGCGAGGAAUCAUCCUCGGCAGAGUGCACUGUGACUUCCAAAAGCAAACACCAGAUGACAUUGAGAGCCCUAGCUACCCCACUGAGGCGGAUACAUCGACGAUCCACAGCUCAUACAAAGGACAAGAAGAAAGGUUUAUCAAUAUCAAAGAAACCGGUGAAUAAUGACAAGGUGGAGAAAGCAGAGACACUCAGUCAGCGGUUGCGACGCAGCAUUCUCAGGCGAGUCAACCACAAACGGCACCGAUCAUCUUAAACCUCAAUCCAAUUGCUCAACACAUUUUCAAUUCUCUACUGUGGCUGAAAACAUGAGUCACAACUAAGCUAAUCUAAACAAUCUGAUGGAGUGGAAGCAGCUCUGGCAGACAUGCAAAAACUGGAUUCUUGUCUGCUGAUCUUAUUUUGUUAUCAUGAUGUAUAUUAGAACUUUCAGAACAGAAGAAAAAUACUUUAAUUCAUGUAAAAUGUUGGAUUUUUUCAUCCUAUGAUAUUUCUUCGAGUUGUUCCUUUUUAACCUAAAUUCACAUUAUUCACUCUUGGCAGGCUAUUGGUAGUACUUUGUUGAGGAGGUUAUUGUUUC